ACCGCCCCCUCCUCUUUAGUUAAACACACUCAUUGCAAAAUGUUUGGUUUAAGGUGGCUCCAAAACUAUUGACUAUUUUGAAAGAACUGGCUGCGCGCAGUGAUUCCGACUGGAGGGUCAGUGUAAACAGUGGACUCUAGCUGUGUUUGUUUUUUGAGGUGAACGAGUUGUGAGGUAAGAUGGGCUACAACAAGUGAUUUAAGAGGCUUGAAGUUUCCACAGGGAGUGUCUUCACCUAGAGGGAAGAUAAUCACCUCGCAUUCUGAUAGUCAACACUGGAAAAGGAUAAAAAGCAGUCUUCACCAAGGUAAUCUCAGUCUCUCUGUGAUAUGUGACUUCUGCUCUGUCAUAGGUUUGACAGUGAGUUUAUUCUCCUAAGGCUCCAAAUGGGAUAGGGGAGAGUGCAUUUUUCAUAUUUUAUAUCACCACAUCAAGGCAAUUCUAGUUUUGUCUCUAACUAGUGUAUCUGCAUAUAUUUCAAGAUGUUGCACAUCCCUGCUGCAAACCAUGUUGUAGCUUAUAGAUACCACAAUUCAUGUAUAAAACACAUUUAAAAUGAUCUUUUUUGGUCUGAACACAAUUCUAGUAAAACUCAUGACAGACUAAAUUCACUUUCAAGAGUAAAAAAUAUUUUUUUGGAAAUAAAUGUCUAACCCCUUCACUCAUGUACUUCUAACCUUCACAGACUCCAUGAAUUGAUGCCCAUCUCCUAAAUAUUUGGUCACAUGAUCAAUUUCUUUUACCAUUUCCAAGCAACAGGGGGUGGCUCAACUUACCCUUUGGUUCAGCUUACCCCACUCUCCCCUACGUGUAAUUGUAAUUAUUAAUAUGAUUAUGAUUAUAAGUAACUUGCAUUGUCAGAAUGGAACUGGAUUGGCAAGUUUCAGUACUAAACCUGUUUCUUUAUUGUCAUUUUAUCUAUUGUCAUUACAGGCUGGAGGCAAAAGAUGUUUCAUGAAGUGAAUUUCCAAAGCCUUGGAUCCUGUGCCUUCAUCCAGCAAGUGAAAAAAGCUUAAACUGCUCUUCACCAGUGGCUUUUGGUUGCUUUCCACCACAUCUUCUGAUGGGCAAAAUGAAAUGUGAAAGACCAAGGCGACAGCAGCUGAGCAGGGUCCUGUUUGCCCUCUCUCUGGUUCUCCUCUUCCAUUGUCUGCCAGUCACUGGUGCAAACCUGAAUCAGAUCCUCUCCUUUCUCCAGGAUGGAAGGGCAUUUGAAGAAGGUUCAGCACAGGAAGCUAAGAAGAUUACAGGGGAGACUCAAGCGCUGGAGGAAACUCUUAAUGUAACACAUGGUUUAGAGUACACAGGUCAAACAACAGCAGAGAUGAACAUGGUACAUCAGCAGGAUACUGCAAUUGAAAAAGCAUCAAACAAAUCUCAAUUGUUACCAAAUCAGACUAUUGAUCUUUGCACCUCUGUGGCCCCCGAGCCUGUUACCAACACCACUUCUCCUAAAGAAGUUCCACACAUUAGGAGUAUGUACCCUGCAGAUUUAUUUUCUUUUGAGGACCGAAGACGAGGCUGGGUAAUCCUCCACAUCAUUGGGGUGAUGUACAUGUUCAUUUCACUUGUGAUUGUUUGUGAUCACUUCUUUGUUCCUGCCCUGGGUGUAAUCACAGACAAGUUAGCCAUUACUGAUGAAGUAACAGGAGCAACAUUCAUGGCUGCUGGAGGCUCCAUUCCUAGACUUUCUGCCAUCUUGAUCGGAGUCUUUCUCGACCACAGUAAUAUGUACUUGGGCACAGUUGUUUGUCUGGCAAAUUUCAACCUUUUGUUUGUGAUAGGUAUGUGUGCUUUGUUUUCCCGAGAGGUUUUGCAUCUAACCUGGAGGCCACUUUUCAGAGACGUAUCCUUCCACAUACUUUGCAUUAUCUUGCUGAUAAUCUUCUUCAUUGAUGGCGUCAUAACGUGGUGGGAGAGCAUGAUGCUGGUGACCUGUUUUGCUAUGUAUGUGAUUUUCAUGGCGUUUUACAUGAAAAUACAGCAAGCUAUUAAGACCCGACACCACAAACGCAAGGACAGUGUGGAGGUCAUUUCUGUUGAGGACCAGGAAAAGGUAAGCACUCAUAAGGCACAUAUUCAACUAAAAACCAGUGAUUAAAGAACAUUUUGCAAGCAUCUGACCAACAGUGUACUUUGGAUACUAUAGAGUAAAUAUUUGAUCACAAAUCCAUGACACUGUUAAGGAAACUAUUUGCAGUGUUUUCUUCUUCAUGGCUCUAAAAUAUCUAUUGAAAACUACCAUCUAAGUGACCCUUUGCUUCACACUCUACUCCCCACAUUUCGUCUCUCUUUUUGACUGCCUUAUCUAUUAAAUGAAAAACUUACCAUUUAUAUUAUUGGUAAUACAGUCACGUAAUCUGAUUUUCUCUUUGUAAAUAAAUGAAACUGAUAACCAUAUGAUUGAUAAAUGAAAAUGUUGUUUUCCUAGGAACUUGUGUCCAAAUGCCGUGAUGGCCCACAAGGCUCAAAACAUGGUUUAAGUGAUGAAGAUGAAACUGAUAAAGACGUCAAGGAUUCUGAUAAAAAUGUCUGUAAGGAGGUAAAUGAAACAAGAAUGGGAGAAGAAGAGAAAAGGGACAAGCCUCUGUCUUUAGACUGGCCUAACACACGACUCCAACAAGCCACCUACCUCUUCCUGCUGCCCGUAAUCUUGUCUCUGUGGCUCACACUUCCUGAUGUCCACAAGCAGGUAAAGACCCAGACAUAUCUCUGUGAUCAACUGAGGUAUCUAUAAUCUAUUGACACAGUGAUUAUGCCCUUUCUCAAACAGAAAUCCAGAAAAUUCUUUGUGGUCACCUUCCUGGGCUCUAUUCUGUGGAUUGCUGUUUUCUCCUAUUUCAUGGUCUGGUGGGCCCACCAGGUCAGUCAGUGUAGUUGUGUUUUAAGAUAGGAUUUAAAAUCAGGCCUUGAUUUCUGAAGUUUCAGUAUUUAAAAUGAACAUGUCAACCAGAAUCUAAGGGCAAAUAAAUAAUUGCUUUUUUUUUCUCCCUAAAAAGUGUGUUAGAUGAUUUUUACCCAUGUAAAAUUGUUCAUGAAAAGUUCAAGUCGAUCUUUCAUAUAGUUUAUACAAGCAUUUCUGUUCGCUCUAUCCAUUCUGAACACUGGUUUGCAUUUGCAGGUUGGUACAACCAUCGGCUUUUCUGACUGGACCAUGAUCGUUGUGGCUGCAGAGACGUCCAUCUCUGACCUUAUUGCCAGUGUAAUCGUGGCGCGUAAAGGCCGGGGGGACAUGGCUGUGUCCAGCUCCAUGGGUCGUAACAUCUUUAAUAUUACAGUGUGGUGAGUUUCAAUUGCUUGUUGCAUCAUAAUUGAUGGAAAAUUCUGAUUUGUAAAGAGUGUGUAACUUUUGUUUUCUUUUUAAGUCUUCCAGUCCCGUGGCUCUUGAACUCUGCCUUCCAUAGUUUUUCUCCAGUACCUGUGAGCACCGAGGGGUUCGUCUGUGUCGUCACGCUGCUCCUGCUCCCUCUUUUCUAUAUCGUCAUCACUAUUGCAUCCUGCAGGUGGAAGAUGAAUAAGGCGCUAGGUUUGACCAUGUUACUGUUUUACUUGUUUUUUCAGGCAAUAAGAAUGAUGUUUCAGUAUGAAAUCAUCAGAUGCCCUGUAUAAUGUCAUUAGGAGAGCAAAUACAAUUGUGUAUUGAUCCAUUGUAUUAACAUCAGUGCAAAUGUUUCUCAAUCAUUUAUCCAGGAAUUAAAGCACACAAGCCAAGACUGUAACAUGUAGGACAUUAUGCAAACACAUACUCACUUUUUCAAUGAUCAUUACUUUGACUUCUAUGCUUUCAUUCAGAUAGGACAGUAGAUAGAAGAGGGCACCAGGCAGAAAGAUUGAUGAAUGGUAUGCAGCGGUG